AUGGCCGGGCACCGCUUCCCAGUACCCCGAUUCGAGGGCGUUUCGCAGGAGCAGUUCAUAGAGCACUUGUAUCCGCAGAGAAAACCUCUAGUGUUGGAAGGAAUUGAUUUGGGAGCGUGUACAAGCAAAUGGACAGUGGAUUACCUCAGCCAAAUCGGAGGGAGGAAAGAGGUGAAAAUUCAUGUUGCUGCAGUUGCCCAGAUGGACUUCAUUAGUAAAAACUUUGUAUAUAGAACUUUACCUUUUGACAAGUUGGUACAAAGGGCAGCUGAAGAAAAGCAUACGGAAUUCUUUAUUUCAGAGGAUGAGAAGUACUACCUCCGAUCACUUGGAGAAGACCCUAGAAAGGAUGUUGCAGAUAUCAGAAAGCAGUUUCCUUUAUUGGAAGGAGACAUUAAGUUUCCAAAAUUCUUCAAAGAAGAGCAGUUCUUUUCCAGUGUUUUUCGAAUCAGCUCACCAGGGUUACAACUUUGGACACACUAUGAUGUAAUGGAUAAUUUCUUAAUACAAGUGACAGGAAAAAAGCGUGUUGUUCUCUUCAGUCCUCGAGAUGCCCAAUAUUUAUAUUUAUCAGGUUCUAAGUCAGAAGUACUGAACAUAGAUAACCCAGACUUAGCUAAAUAUCCGCUGUUUUCCAAGGCUAGAAGGUAUGAAUGUUCCCUUAAAGCUGGAGAUGUGCUAUUCAUUCCUGCUUUAUGGUUCCAUAAUGUAAUUUCUGAAGAGUUUGGAGUGGGAGUGAAUGUCUUUUGGAAGCACCUUCCAUCUGAAUGCUAUGAUAAAACGGAUACCUAUGGAAACAAAGAUCUGACGGCAGCAUCAAGAGCUGUACAAAUUUUGGACAGAGCCUUAAAAACACUGGCUGAAUUACCAGAGGAAUACAGGGACUUCUAUGCACGGCGAAUGGUCUUGCACAUUCAAGAUAAAGCCUAUAGCAAAAACUUUGAAUGA